CUAUUUAAUAGGGCGAGCAAGGACCUGUUGAUCGAACCGAAUCUAAGGGUUCUCAAAACUGCUCAUCCAUUGAGGCAUUGAGGGAGAUUCCUCGUAUUGAUGGGAAGGAACUAUAGGGAAGUGCUAAUAAUUGUACCAUAUUAAAGAAAUCUAGAUUGAACAUGGGUUUAGCCAAACAUCUUAUAAGAGUGUUUGUUGACACAACGGUCUUUCUUGCUGUCAUCCUAUUCAUUCCGGGGCUUCCUCCCUACCAUAACUUGGAACCUUUCACUGCUACUCCACCUUUAGCAUUUGAGGGGGCACUUGAUCCAAAAGACUAUGCUCUAACCAAAGCCGAAAAGUUAUUUGAAGGUGAAAUUGUGGGACCAGAAUGUUUUGAAGUGUCACCCAUUGAACCAGACACCUUCUACACCACUCUUCAAGGAGGUGCAAUUGUGAAAAUAUUUGAUAAUGGAAAAAAAAUGAAACCUGUUGCAAAGUUUGGUGAAAAAUGUGAUGGAAAUUGGGAUGGAAAGAAUUGUGGAAGACCUUUAGGCAUACGUUUUGAUAAUAAUGGUCAUCUAAUUGCAGCAGAUUCUUAUUUGGGUAUCUUCAAAGUUGACUUUCAAUCAGGACAAGUUUCCAACCUUGUUGACAAAGAUACAGUCAUAGAUGGGAAAGUGGCCAAAACCUUCAACAGUGUGGCACCUGCUCAAGAUGGAAAGAUCUAUUAUACUGUGUCAAGUACCAAUUAUAAUCUUGAUGAAUCUGUUGGUGAAAUGCUUGGUGCCCCGUCUGGACGUCUUAUGGUCUUCAAUCCGGAAACGAAAGAAAACAAAGUUCUUCUAGAAAAUAUCCACUUCACAAACGGUAUACUGCUCUCCCCAGAUGAAGACUACAUAGUUUUUGCAGAGUGCUUGCGAUUCAGAAUGCACAAGUAUUUCAUUAGCGGGCCUAAAGCAGGAAUAACGGAAAUAUUUUUGGAUGGAAUUCCUGGUUCACCGGAUAAUCUCAAUUUAAGUCCAGAAGGAAACAUUUUCGUCGCCCUAGUCACUGUGCGAAUCCCUGGCGAAUUUAACCCACUUGAGUUUAUGUAUACCCAGCCAUUGCUCAGAAAGCUUGCGGUGCGCCUCUUGCAUAUUUUGAAGUUUCCAUUUGACUUCGCUUCGAAUUAUGUUGAUGCUCCAGUUCUUCGCUUAAUCUCAUCUUACGUAAUGAAUUUUGAAACUAUGUUGCCGGUCUUGCCGCCUUACUCAAUCAUCAUUGAAGUGGAUUGGAACGGGAAAAUUCUCAAUUCGUGGCAUUCCAACUCUAAGGACGUGCGUUUCUUCAGUGAUGCAAAGAUUAUCAAUGGCUACAUGUAUUUAGGAUCCCCCUACAAUGACUACAUUGGUCGAAUUAAGCUGCCAGGUUCUAUUCAUUUUGUUAAGCAGCCAGUUCUCUCACUCGGCUAAAAUAAAUUGCAAGCAGCCAGCUGGCAAAUCCUAACCUGUACUCAUCCAGGUCUCAAGGGGUAGUAAUCGAUAGAUUUACAUUGGAUUUUUUCUGAAACUAUUGCGGGCUUUAAAGUAAUCAGGGGCUUUAAAAAUAUGAAGUAAAAAGAAUGAAAAACAAAUGUUGUGGUUUCUCUUCGUACUUCGGUAAUCUUCCCAGUGUGUAUCAUAAUAAUUUGAUAAUGUUACAACGAGAUUACAGAGAUGUUUGCAGUUAGA